UAAAAAAAAUCCCAUUAAAUCAUUUACUUCAACAAGCGCCUUUCUCCACUCUCCAAAAUUUUCAAUACUCACCCUUUUUCUCCAUCGUUCAGUAUUCCUUUCUCUCUCUCUUUCUAACAAAACAGAGAGAACCAUGGGAACCAUGGCAUCAAAUCCAGCACCUAACGGAAGAACAAGAAGAGAAGACCUUCAAAAUAGCAUCCAUGGAGAUCUUUCUGAAGAAACAUCUUCCGAGCCUCUGGAUGCCGGCGCCCUUUUUGUUCUUAAAUCCAAAGGAUCAUGGCUUCACUGCGGAUAUCACCUGACUACAUCGAUAGUUGCGCCGGCGCUACUAAGCCUACCGCUGGCGGUGGCGCAGCUCGGAUGGGCGGCUGGAGUUCUGAUCCUUCUGGUUGCCGGGGCCGUUACCUUCUACUCCUAUACCCUUCUCUCGCUCGUACUGGAGCAACACGCUCUACUGGGCCAUCGCCUGCUUCGCUUCCGGGACAUGGCUCAUCAUGUACUUGGUCCUCAUUGGGGUCGCUAUUAUAUUGGUCCGCUCCAGUUCUCACUUUGCUUCACAGCAGUGGUUGCUGGAACCCUGCUUGCAGGUCAAAGCAUGAAGGUCUACCUACAACCAACAAAUGAAGUGCUCGAGGGAUUAUUCGCCGACCCAAAGAAAGAACAAUACUCCGCUCGUAAUGUGAUUCCAAGGAUGAUUUUUCGUUCAAUUGUUGUUGCGGUGGGCACCAUCAUCGCCGCCAUGCUUCCUUUUUUUGGAGAUAUUAUUGCUGUCGUUGGAGCAUUCGGGUUCUUGCCACUGGAUUUUGUGGUGCCCUCUGUGAUGUAUAAC